AUGGGGAAAUGCCUGAUCGCUGCUCUAUUGGUUCUGUACCUGGCGACAGUUGCUCAAUGUGCGCCACCUAAAUUUGACCCAUAUAAUUUUGAUGGGGUCGAUUUCUAUGAACUCUUCAACGAUCCAGAUGGGCGCCUGAAGCUGAAUCCACGAUUUAAAACGGAUGAUCUCAUUAGGGCUCAUGAGUACCCUGCAGAGCUGCAUCACGUGACCACUGAGGAUGGCUACAUCAUUGGAGUCUUUCGCAUACCCUAUUCCCACAAGCUGCAAAAUCAGAAGGCCCUUCGCCCCAUUGUGCUUCUGCAGCACGGCAUAUCGGGCAGCUCCGACAACUGGAUCACGAUGGGGCCGGAUAAUGCCUUGGCCUUUCAGCUGGUCGAUGCCGGCUACGAUGUGUGGAUUGGCAAUGCACGUGGCAAUACGUACUCCCGCAAUCACACCUGGCUGGCCACGCAGCAUCCCUACUUCUGGCGCUUUAGCUGGCAUGAAAUUGGCUACUUCGAUAUUGCGGCUAUGAUCGACUAUGCGCUGGAGACAAACGGACAGGGUCAAAAGUCGAUUCACUAUGUUGGCCACUCCCAGGGCACGACAGUGUUUCUAGCGCUAAUGUCCACACGUCCCGAGUACAAUGCCAAGAUAAAGACCGCCCAGUUGCUGGCUCCCGUGGCCUACAUGGACAACAUGGACUUUCCGUUGGCCCGCGCGACUGGACCAUAUCUGGGACAUCGAACCAGCUACGCCCUCAUGCUGGAGUCAAUGGAGUUUCUGCCCUACAAUGACUUUAUACUGCUCUUACUCUACAACACCUGCGGACCGGACUCAAGAUUUCUCAAAUACUGCAAACAGUUUCAUAGCACCGACGGACGCACCAAUUCGACUGCCGCUGCGAUCAAUGCAAUUACAACUCCCGCUGGAGCUUCCACCAAUCAGUUCUUGCACUAUCUGCAGGAGCAACAGUCGGGGCACUUUAGAGAGUAUGACUUUGGCAAGAAGAAGAACUUGAUUGUGUAUGGUGCGGAAGUGCCGCCUGAUUACCCAACCCAUUUAAUUACCUGCAAGACACACCUGUGGUACUCGGACAACGAUGAAAUGGCCGCCGUUAAAGACGUUGAACGACUGGCGGCGACUCUGCCCAACAAGGUCAUGCAUCACAUGGAUGAUCCAUUGUGGCACCAUGGCGACUUUGCGACUAACUGGGAGGUACGCAAAUACAUAAAUGACCCAAUAAUUGAAAUUAUGAACGAAUUUGAAGAUGCUUUACGCAAUUGAUAUGGAAAAAGCAACAAUAAGC